CGGAGAUCCCUUCCCUCUUGCCGUUCCAAAUGCUAUGCGCCUUCCCGCCUUCCUCGCCGACCAGCGCCGCCUCCGCCGCGUCCUCUCCUCCUCCAGCGCCACGCUCGCGACGCUCACUCGCCUCCACGCCCUCCUCAUCGUCUCCUCCUCCAACCAUCUCCUCGCAUCGCUCGCCGCCGCCUACGCCCGCGCCGGCGCGCUCGACGCCGCGGAGUCCACCCUCGCGACCUCCCCCGCUUCCCCCUCCUCAAUAACCGCCUGGAACGCGCUCCUCUCCGCGCACUCCCGGGGCGGCUCCCACAGCACCGCGCUCCGCGUCUUCCGCGCCCUCCCGCCCGCCGCGCGCCCCGACAGCACCACCUUCACGCUCGCGCUCUCCGCGUGCGCGCGCCUCGGGGAUCUCACAGGCGCGGAAAACAUCAAGGACCGCGCGUUCGAGGCCGGUUACAGCAAGGACGUGUUCGUCUGCUCGGCCCUGCUCCACCUAUACUCGAGAUGCGGUGCAAUGGGGGAUGCUGUCAAGGUGUUCGACGGAAUGCCGAAGAGGGACCGUGUUGCGUGGAGCACGAUGGUUGCUGGGUUCGUGUGCGCUGGGAGGCCGCUGGAGGCGCUUGGUAUGUACAGGAGGAUGCGGGAGGAUGGCGUGGAGGGGGACGAGGUGGUCAUGGUUGGGGUUAUACAAGCAUGUGCGACAACAGGGGAUGCUCAAAUGGGGGCCUCAGUUCAUGGGUACAUACUGCGGCAUGGUAUGAGGGUGGAUGUUGUUGCAACGACAAGCCUUGUGGACAUGUACGCCAAGAAUGGGAAGUUUGAUGUGGCACGCCGAGUGUUUAGAAUGAUGCCGUACAGGAAUGCUGUUUCAUGGAGCGCACUGAUUUCUGGGUUUGUGCAGAAUGGUCAUGCAGAUGAGGCACUUGAUUUGUUCAGAGAGUUGUCAACUUCAGGACUUGAGCCUGAUUCAGGGGCACAUGUUAGUGCACUGCUAGCUUGCGCUGAUAUGGGACUCCUGAAGCUAGGGAAGUCUAUACAUGGUUUCAUCUUGAGGAGGCUUGAGCUUGACUGUAUUUUGGGUACAUCUAUCCUUGACAUGUACUCCAAAUGCGGCUCCCUGGAAAGUGCACAGAAGCUUUUCGAUAGGGUUUCCUCGAGAGACUUGGUUUUAUGGAAUGCGAUGAUUGCAUGCUGUGGCACUCAUGGACGUGGUCACGAUGCCCUUGCUCUGUUCCAAGAACUGAACAAAACUGGAAUGAAUCCUGAUCAUGCCACAUUUGCUUCUCUUCUGUCAGCUCUAAGCCACUCUGGUCUUGUGGAGGAAGGGAAACUCUGGUUUGAUCGCAUGAGUAAGGAGUUUGGCAUUAAACCUGCAGAAAAGCAUUAUGUAUGCAUAGUUGAUCUCUUAGCACGUUCUGGUCUUGUGGAAGAAGCAAAUGACCUGCUGGUGUCAAUGCAAACUGAACCGACUAUUGCAGUUUGGGUCGCUCUGCUUUCAGGUUGCUUGAAUAACAAGAAGCUAGAGCUUGGAGAAAACAUAGCAGAAAAGAUCCUCGAGUCCCAACCUGAAGAUGUAGGUUUUCUUGCACUUGUAUCGAACCUCUAUGCCGCUGCAAAGAAUUGGGACAAAGUCAGGGAAGCCAGAAAGCUAAUGAAGGAUAGUGGCAGCAAGAAAGUGCCUGGCUACAGCUUGAUAGAUGUCCGUGGAAUGCGCCACACGUUCGUGAUGGAAGACCAGAGCCAUCCUCAGCAUCAGGAGAUCCUAAAAAUGGUCGCAAAGCUCGAUUCCGAGAUGAGGAAGAUGGGUCAUGUUCCGAGAACUGAGUUUGUGUACCAUGACCUCGAGGAAGGAGUGAAGGAGCAGCUUCUCAGCUACCAUAGCGAGCGGCUGGCCAUUGCCUUUGGUUUGUUGAACACCAGCCCUGGAACGAGGCUCGUGAUCAUCAAGAACCUCAGGGUCUGUGGCAACUGCCAUGAUGCGAUCAAGUAUAUCUCGAAAAUUGUCGACCGGGAGAUUGUUGUCCGAGAUGCGAAGCGUUUCCACCAUUUCAAAGAUGGGGCCUGUUCUUGUGGAGAUUACUGGUGAUUGUGUCUGAUUCUUGUCUGUAGCUUCGGCAGUUCAGUCACCUAGUGUUGAUAUUUGGUCCAGUUGGCUGCAGAGAACUAGCAGAAUGCAUACCGGUUGUGUUCAAGUAAAUUUGACCUCAACAAUCCUUUGAUGCAAAAAAUAACAGUUCACUCCAUCAUCGGGGUAGAAGCAAAAAUAACGCUGUGGUGUUCCUGCCUGCACGUCGAUAGCUUCGGACCUUGAUCAUAAACACAAUCUGUUAAUUUAAUAUAUGCUCUCCCCUUUCUUGAAAAAA